GUGACUCCAACAGCUUUUUAUAGCAGCAAUGAAAAUACCACCUGUGACAUGGCCCUAAAUCUAAUGAACCUCCAGCUCAAUCAAUCGAUGGGGCAGCCGUGUAGAAUUUGGAUUUGGAGCUAAAAUUCCAUCAAACUUUAAUGAUUUUUAUGAAUUUGAUCCCAUACCCCCCCAGUGAUGAGGACGACAGCGACGAUUCUGAAGGCGAAAAUCAGGAACUCGCUCAGAUUGAUAAAGAGAGAAGACACAAUUGCAUCCUGACUCCAUUGGCCACGAACCAGCUGCAGAACCAGGAGAACCAGUGCUGUAAAGUGCGGGCGCUAUUCCCGGGACUGGACCACCAUAGCUCUGAGGAGGAGCUGGAACGGAUCAGCAGGGAAUUUGCCGCAGAGAAACGCAAGUGGUCCCAGGUCAGCAGACUGAGUUGCCAUACUGAUAACACAUCGUCCAGUGAUGAGGAGGUGAAGCACCUGUGUGGGAUGUCCAUUAGACCCGUGGAACAGACUGACACCCUGCGAGGCUCCUCCAGCCCAGUCCUGUUCAGCGCCUCCCCCCCUAAAAGACUGCAGCUACCUGCCCGAAAUCCGGCAUCUUGCCCCCUAAUAUUCACCAGCGUGGGCUCCGGGUUUGACCAGGGGAUGCCGUGCAAAAGGCACAGACAGGGCUACGGAGACAAGAUCAGCCGGCCCAGCCUAGACUUGGAAAAGAUGCAACAGAAAAUGCUGUUCAAGAGAAGCUGCAACUCCAAGAGUAGAGUUAUAAAGAUACGGAGUAUCAACGGUGGCCGUCAGCCUCCACAUUAUGUCUAUGACCCAGCUAUGUUUGCGUUUCGAUCCCUCAGUACCGUGAAGCCUAUCAGCCCGUUAGUCCCCAUUGAAGAACCAUCGUGUGCCUACUAAAGAUGAAUUACGUUUUAAACUCAGGACCCGAACAGACUGGCCUGUCCGCCUUCAGCACAAAAUGAAAAAAAAACAACAAAAAAAACCCUGCCGCUAUGAAGCAAUAAGGACUUUUCUGCAGACUCUUUUUUUUCUGUGUUUUUAUUGUAAUACCAGCACUUGGUAUUUUGUUAAGAGAAAAAAGGAAAUAGUUCACGUAGUAUCAAGGAAGGUGCAUGCUUUUUAUUGAUGCCAAGGAAGCAGAAGAAAAAGGAAUGGGGUGAUUCAGUUAGGAGAACGGAGGUCACCUUAGGUAGAGCAUGAAAGAGGUUCUCCAUCAUAUUGUAGUGGGAGGACAUAUUUUAGACCUAGUUCUACAUAGUUGGAGUAUAUAUAUAUUUUUGGACAAGCAACCAAGAACAACAAGAAAAUAUAUAUUUGAUGGCUCUCUUUGUUUUAAAGAUAAGGGUCAAUUUUGGAAGUAAGUGUUGGGAAAAUUAAAGAGAGAUGUAUUUUUUAAAUCAUGGCUUGAGAGCUGGCCACUGUCAAUGAAGAUGAUUCAUGCGCUCUGAAUACACGGUGGUCAAGGAAUGGGUGAUAUUUUAUUCUAAGUGUUAUGAGUAGCUUAGCUGGUUACUGUAUAAAGUUACCAAGUACUCCUUAAUUUGAGUAUAUUCUUGGUGAAGCUUUUAAUUAUAAGACUAAGAAUAACAUCAUGCUUCGUAAAAACCUAUAUGAUGCUCAGAACUCGCCAUGUGCCUUUAUAAAACAUUUUCUUUUUUUACCAAGAGAACUUUUUUAGACCUUUCUGGAAUCGGUGCCCUCAUUAUAAGACCUUCUCUCCAUUAUGUACCGUGAUGCAAUGAUUCCGCCAUUCUGGUCCAGAAGAAAUGGCUAAGAACAAAGAAAUACUCAAACUACUGUGAUCACUUAAAUCUUUCCCACAAAAUAGUAGUUAAGACCAAAUAUGACAUUUCUAUGUAUUCAGCAACUUUCAGCCAUAGCCCUGUUUUAUCCACAGUGGAUUUUUAGUUGUCUUCUUGAUAAGUGUCCUCAUGAAGUCCUGAUGGAACAGUGGACUUCCUUCUAACUAGAAAGCCAAGAAACAGAUGUUGCAAGGAAGGCAUGGAUAAGUACUAUGACACUUGAGGUGUUUCUAGUGUUAAGUUUGGGAGUGUGGGGUCGUCUAAGCCUCAUUCCUUAACUCUCACACUCCGAAAAUGUUUUUGCCUGUGUUCCAUCCUGUUCUGCCAUGAUUUUCAAUGAAAACAUUAAUGGUCAACUAAUUUAAAGUGAACACUAUCUAAAAAUCAAUCAUCAUCAAUCAUCAAACAUGGCCUUAGAAGCCUCUAGAUACUCAUUUAAGGGAGUCACAAAACUGGGAGUAGGUGCAGGUCACAUUAUGUUCCCAGCUUGUUCCAAAAAGCAACCACACAUGCUCGGUUGGAGAGAAAUUUAACUUUUUCUUAGGCCAGUCAAUGACAAUUAUCCAUGAUACUAAAGAACAGAGUUCAUUUUUGAGCAAUAAACCAAUGGGCAAUCUUCCAUCAGUUUAUGCUUAUCUAUGUGACCCCUGUAAUACGAAAAAACAUUUUUCAAAUCAAUGCCUUGCCUGUACAAUUAUUUUUGAAAACCAAAGCGAUCAUUUAACCCGAAGUAUGACCAUGACCUUGAAAGCACAAACAUGGAUACAGCAAGGAACAUAAUGCUACAAGUAUCAAAGAAGGUUUACUUUGAUAUAAGAGUUUAAUGGCAAACAAGGGAGCUCUUGUUUGAAAUUGCUGGUGCUUUGUUCCUCCAUAUUUCCAUGGGUGAUCAUUCCAAACCACAAGUUUGUAUCCUCUUGAAGAUGCCAAUGUUGUCUUGCUCCAAAUCAUUUGCAGGCUACAAUUCUAAAGAUCCUUCAUUGUUCCAGCACUUAUUAGUCCCAUUGUCAAGACUCUUGUAGUUCUGAAGCUCAGUCCCACUGCUGAGGCUUCUGUAGUACUGAAGACCAGCCCCAUUUUUUCUAGAACUCCAGACCAUGUUGUCCAGACUCUUGUAGUACUCAAGAUGCAUCCUGGUUUUAAGACUCUUGUUCUAGUCCAAGACCAUUGUCAAGACCUGACUCAAGACCAAAUUUUGUUCUUGUAUACUAUCGUACUUGGUCUUGUCUUAGACUACUCCUAAGUCGGAGAAGAGACAAUUCUCCAUCCCCCCCCAAAACACUAAAAUACUUAAAUUCAUAGUUCACUUGUGAAGCCAAGGUACUUUCCCCUUUUACCCUUUGAUAAAUAGGCACGAUGACUUGCUAGGCCUCAUUCCCUACUUGGAAUAGGUGGGCUUGACCCUAACACUGCCCCCACCAUCCCUAACUUAGAGCAUUCAGAAAGAUGUUUAAAAUGCAUCGUUAUGGAAGUUUCAUGUGAAGAGAAUCAGGGUUCUUUAAAUGUAAAAGGAAUGGCUGUGGAGCACAGUUGGAUAACUACAAAAACUUAUUUUUAUAUACAUAUUUUUGUAAUAGAGGAACAUUAUUUGUCUAAGAGCUACAUCUUUUUUUUAGUAUAACAGCUACUAAAGUGUAGAUAACCACUUCUAUCUUCUAUGUGAAUAUGUGCUCCUUAAAGAGGCCUUCUGUUGUGUUCCUCACGUUCAUUGUGCCUCUACGAUAAUUCCGAGAAAAUAAACAAGUGCCACUUAUUAUGUCACAUUUAGAGGGGAGGGUGCUUAGCUCUGUGUGUGACUUUGCUUAUAGGGAUAUGAAAGUAUGUGAUCUCUGAUUAUGAGUGCCGUCAUCUUGUCAAGCUAAAAAAAGGUCUUGGCAAAGAAGUUAGGGGAAAUGCAUGGAAGAAUAUGGGGUGUUCCAAAGCACGGCAUCAAAGUCGAAUGUUGAUGAACAACACCAACCAACAUUGCCCAUGUCAGGGUAACCAUCAUAGUUGUUAUUCAUCUGCACUGGGCUUCAGGUUUUCUACUUAUACCUGGCCCCAGAGGGUCAAGUUGUACCCUAAACAUGCUAGAAUGUGUUGCUCUGCUUUACUACAGGUAAAAUCAGUGAUCCAGACAUUUUUAGUUGGCCAGAGAGUGAAAACAACCCUCCAUUGUGAAUUAUCACUUGUGAGAAGUCACACAAGAGUGGCCAAAUUGGUGAAGAUUCCCCUUUUGUGAAUCUCUUUCUGAAAUCACUGACUGUUUCCGUUACUGUGGGUUAAUGCCAAGAGCCCAUGCCUUCUUGCCCCAGCCCGGACAGCCCCACAUGACUAUGUCCAGAAUACACACUUGGACUAUGGUCUAUUCUGAUAGAUUGGCAAUUAUGAUGAGAGAGGCAAUAAAACUCAUAAAACUAGACCCAAGACUUGUGUGUGAAUGCCUUGGGGUAGAUGGCAGUUGGGCUUGAAUGCAUGGGGGCAGGUAACACCUAAGUGGGCACACAUUGGGGCAACUGAUAACGCUACAACCAGUGGCUGAUUAAUGACACUGAUAGUUUAUGUUUCUAUAUUAAACAUCUGUUUGUGUAAUUUGGGUAAGAAACAGACUUGUAAGAACGUCUAUCAGAUCAGCUUAAUAAAUAUGGUGUCUUUA